UGCCACACUUACCAAAGUUGACCGUUUUAUUAGACCGCUGUCAAAUCAGUUUGAAAAGUGAUAUCAAAAUGUUGCAAAACGACGCGGUGCGGACUUUGCAAUAUGAUAGUGAGAUUCGCGUGGCCCAGCAGCCAAGCCCCACAGAACCUAGAGUUUAUGACUCCCAUAUCAGCAUUACAUCGCAGCCAAGGCCGGAGGUUCCCCGGAUCCCCUUGCCGGUUCCCAUUGCCACGGUCACGGGCAGCCGGACCUUUAUUCCCCUCUCCGGAUAUGAUUGCCUUGCGGACCUGCCAUCGGUACAUAUCGAACAGACCUUUGAGCUGAACGAGGCUCUGACUGCAGUCUCUUCAGAGAAUCGUUAUGUGGUGCGAUCUCCAUUGGGAGAUGCCAUUUUUGCUGCCAGUGAGAGCUCCACAGAGAAGAAUCGUCUUGUCUGGGGAGCGGGAAGACCCUUUCAGAUGCAUCUUCUAGAUAAAACCCACCAAGAAGCUCUGGUUUUCCGAAAGAAACUAGCCCUGGGAUCCCUCUGCUGUCAGCCAAAAAGUCUUGAGAUUUGGAUUCCACCUGGUAACAUUCUGGGAAGAGUGGUGCAGUCGCCCACUUUCAUGCAGCCCGAGUUCUUCAUUGAGGACGAGAGCACCGGACAGCCUGUAUUUUGUGUGGAGGGUCCUGCUAACUCUGGAUUCUGCUGUUUUUGUCUUCCUAGGGAGAGCUACUUUAAAAUCCAUUCUGGUGGCAAUAUGAGGGCUUCCAUUGACCACAAAUGGUUAGCCAGCAAGUCACAGUAUACCACAAAUAUUUACUUUAGUGAUGCCAAGCUGACUGCCAAAGAACGGGCUUUGAUUCUUGGAUCAGCAUUUUUAUUGGAAUACCUGUACUUCCAAACCCGCUUCUAACCAAAAAACCAAUUCAAUAAACCUUGUAUAUUCACAUUGA